AUGGCGCGGCGCACCCCGUCCUGGGCCGCCGCUGCGGGCGCUUCCCUCCAGAGGGACCUGGACGCGGGCGUCAUCCAGAUCUCGAUGAUGGGGUUUCAGGGGCAGGCGGUGGUGGUGGGCUCAGCCGUGACCCUCGUGCAGUCUGUGUACCUCGUGCAGUUUGGCGCGCGGGCCUCGGUCAUGUCUGGCUACCUCGCCCUUGUCACGUUGGUCAGCGUGUCCGCGUCCUGUGCGGCGGUCGCGGCUCUGGUGGGGCUCUCCAUGCGGCACUCGCGCUCCCUCUUCUUGUUCGGCUGCUUCACCUCGCUCCUUGCAAGCCUGGCGCUUACACUUCCGCCCACGCUCUACCAGGACCCCGAGAGGCAGGCGACCUUCCUGUCGCACUACUUCGGGGUCUGGUUCGUUGUGGGCAACGUGGGCGCCAAGUUCCGAGACUAUCCGGUCGCAGUGGCUAGGGUGUGGCUAUUGCGCAGCACCGAAGACCGCGCCAGCGAGCAUGCGUACACCAGGAUAUUCGACAUCAUCCUCGGAAAUGGCCUGAACGGGGCGUUGAUGCUCAGCCUUCUGGCUCACCCCUCCGCGGCCGUGCAGUUUGGACUGGUGGCGCUGCAGGUUGCCAGCACGGCCGUGUCUCUUCAGGGGGGCAGUGCCCUGGCAAGCUUGCGCGAGGACAGCCGCGAUCCGAAGCCAGCGGUGCCUGCCAAGGUCUUCGGUGCCCCCAGCUUCCAGCCAAUCUCCUGCGAGAAACCCCAGCCUCGCGGGCGGACUCGUUGGCGGCGCUCUCGGCCAGGCGAUGGCCGCCCAUCGUGCUGA